CCCCUUGGGACCUGGGCCUGAGGAGCCUGGACACGGGGAGUACUGGGGCACCUGGGAAAAUGUGACCACUUGCUACCCUUUCCCAAAGUAAAUGAAGUGAAGGAAGUGCGAUUACUUGUGGGGGGGAGGAGGAGAAAUAUGUGCUACGUUUGUUGUGGGUUGGGAGGUCUCUGGACAUUCGUCCACACUGGGGAUCUUUUAAUCUAUCUGCUCAUCACUGUACAAACACCUGGAGUGUGAUACAGUGCGUCAUUACACUUAAAAAUAGAGCAGUAAUAAUGCUGUUUGAGUCCAUCUCUUACGCAGCAUCUUUUUAUUCUGCUAAGUCAGCGCUGACCCUUGUCUUGUGACUCGGUAGUUAUUGAAAGAUGCUUGGCAUUCAGUGCAAAUCAGUCGCUUCGCGCAGCAGCCUCCCCUGGUCAUGACGACAGUGCAUGCUGGCUGUCAAAGGAGUGGAGUUUGUAGGAUGGACAGCUGAAAGCUCGUCUCUCUGCCUCUCCUCAGUCACUAGCUGACAAGGGGACACACCAGUUCUGACCUUUUCCUCUCUUCCUAUGCUUGGAAACGUUCCCCAACGGAAGGCUCUGGAAUGAGCAGCUAGGUAGCAAUCUUACCACUUCUCCCUGUACCCCACAAAACCUCUAGUCUGCAUCCAUCACCACAGCCAGCAGUUUUUAACAUUUUUCAUUCUCUACCCACCCCUUAUGGAAAGGGCAUAAGAGCUCACUUGCUGUUUUGUGUCUGUAGGGAAUAAGGUUAUGUAGCAGGAUUCCAGAGCUGAAGGUCAGCCCAGCCAACUUUCCUAAUGGAGGAGGCUCCUCAAGGGACAUUUCAAGAUGAGCUGGAAUGGUGCAUCUUACAGCUGGAGAUGGGCCUCCUUCGCCUCAACCCAACUCCAAAACAAGCAGAGGAAACACAGCAGAUCCUGAAGGUCCUACGCUCCCACAAGGCACCCUUUGUGAAGAAGCGACAGGUGAUGAAUCGUGUGUUUGGAGAUUAUCGACUUAAGAUGGCUGAGGAGCAGAAAAGGGCAGAGAAAGCAGCUAUGAAACCUGGGAAAGUGCAGAUACAACAAGGGAACAUAAAGGCUUCAGGGAGCAUGGUGUAUAGGAAGCGAUCUGACCAGACUUCUGAAGUAAACACAAGCUGGUUCACACCAUCUGACAACAGUUUCAGGUUCAGCUUUACACCUGAAACAGAAACACAAACAACCAAUGAAACUGUGGAAGAGGCACACAAGACAGAUGGCUCUGAACAGAAGCAGAUUGGUACCAGUUCCUCAGAAGUAAAAGAUUUGAAUGGAACAUUAAACUUCUCUGUCUCUGGACAAGGACCUGAGUUUGCUUUCAAUUUUGUCAUCUCAGAUAAAGAUAAUUCUGUUCUUCCAUCUGUUUCUACAGGGCCCACCAUGGAGAGUAUAACACAAGAUAAGACAUUAAGUGGCUCACCCUCCACAGGUCCAGCACUGACACUAGAGUGUUCAAUCCUGCCAGACACUAAUAUUUCCCAAACUAUGGACAGCAUGGAUGUAAAAGAAGGGAGAGACCUUCCCAUAUUAAAGACCCCAAAACUAGAGACAGUCUCCAUAAGUGAGACUAAGGCAGAGAAAACAGCAGUAGAUGGAACAUCCAAGAAGGAAAAAAAGAAAAAGAAACCAUCAAACAAUAAGAAAGAAUUGGAAGAGAAUGAGGUCAGUAAGAAGGUGAAGAUGGGAGCCAGUAGUCAUCAGGAUAGUAGUGCACCUCCCCAGGACCAGACCCCACAGUCAGAUGAACAGCUUCGAAGAGAAGUGGACUGGUGUGUGGAGCAGCUGGAACUAGGCCUGAAGAUGCAGAAAUCCACUCCAAAGCAGGUUGAUGAGGCCCUGCGUGCCAUCAGGACACUGCGCAGUGACAAAGCUGUGCUAGCGAAGAAACGCCAGGUCAUGCGAGCUAUGUUCAGAGACUACAGGAAGAAGAUGGAGGAGGAGAGGCAGAAGCAGCUGAAGCUCAUGCAUACAGCUGCCAAGUCUGCUAAGGUCACAGAAGUGAGUGAGAGCACACGCCGAAAGAGCAGCCAGGUUUUCAGGAAGCAUACAGGAUCCUCCAGGAAAAGCCUACAUCCAGCAGAAUCCCAUUCUGAUACUCUCAGCCACACACAGUCCCCCAGGGCAUCUGACAUGGACUCAUUUGUAUUUACAACUUCCCAAGAGGAGUUUUGCUUUAAUUUUUUCUAAGAAAGUUUCUUGGAUGCAUCUAUUUGAUUUUUAAUUGCUGAAAAUGUUGCCAAAGCUUGUAUAGUUUUAGGGGAUGAAAAAUACCAAGCAAGGCAUUACAUAUUUUCAUAGUGAAAAGACUCCCAAAGUGCCUUAGGGUAACAGCUCCACCUACAGUGCAUAAAACUUCCAGACUCAAGUCUCCUGGUUGGACCCCUUUUUUCACUCACCCCUCAGAAAGGUGCCUUUGCAGGCAACCAGUAUGGAAUCAGGUGGUCACUGAAUUUAUCUUAGCUCAGUGCUAGUUCCAUGAAAUAAUUUUCUUGAUAAGGUAAUUUCCCCCCACCCCAAAUAGCACAAACUACAUAUAUUAUGGAGGAGACAAAACAUAAAGUAUGUAACAUUGUUAGCCAGAGAAUCCAGGCUCACAUUGGAGAAUGGAAAAGGCAGGAGGAGAAAGCAGCAUCACAUUGGGCAGUGUGACCCUUGCUGUCUGUUAGGCCUUUUUGGAUCCUAUAGCUUCCAGGCUUUGCUGGUUUGGAGGAUUUCUGUCCUGUUUAACAUGUAAACAUCCUGGAGGGAGAGAGUGGGUGAGCCAUAGAUGACUGGCCGUUCCUUUGUUUCACUAAACAGCAUUGUGUCAGUGGUGAACUCCAGCAGCAGUGUUGAAGUUGUAAAGACUGAUUUAAACCAGGUCAGUGAUGUACAGGAAAAACCAGCUACAGCUAUCCAGUGAAGACUUUAGUUUCUGAGUCAGCAGUGUUUGCUUUUUGGGUUGGCCAGGCAAUGGGAGCUGUGGAGGAAGCACAGCUAAACCUUGAAAGAAGCAGGCUUUGAGUAGCCAGCUGGGCAAGCAGUUGUGCCUCACAGUAUCUAGCUCUUUUUUUUUUUUACCAGAAGUAUGCAUCAGCUCCAUACUGAACCUCGGAUGGAUGCAAAAUAAAAUGGGAGGGUACUGAGGUUCCUUUGAGUUAAAAGUAUCUAUUUGACCUGUAUCAAAUAACAACUCCUUUGUUUUCCAAACAAUUGAUUAGUGCAUUUCCAAAGCUGUGAUGAAGGUUUGGCUAAUAUGCCUAUGAAAAAUAGCAUCUCUGGAAAAGAUCUGAAAAAUUAGAAAGAACUUUCCACUGCUUAAAGGAGUAAUGGGUCUCUGGAGGAGCACUGGAGUAAUCAUGGAGUAAUAGGUCCCUGGAGGAUCACUGGAUUUUUUUCCUAUUUGACAACCUUAUAAAUCAUGUUGUUUGGGUGAGCAGCAAUGGUGCAUGACUAGAUUUUUUUAGUGUACUAAGAACAGCUGCAGGAGAAGGGAGGGUAUUUAGUGGAGAGGACUUCAAGAAACUGUUACUGAAUUUAACAAGGAAAUUCUUAUAUAUAUUGACUUUAGUAUAAUAAAUUGCCUCCUG